CAGCAUAUACUUUCGUGUAAAAGACCGCAAACAAGAUACCUUGAAGUGGGGGUAGGCCGACUCAUUCUGAGAUGCAGACCCGCCAACCAUGCCGACAUGCCCACACGCGAUCCAGCGAUGUGCGCCCUGCCCAGCCGGUAUGCUGGGGACAUGCGUCGAUGCGGCGGCGGCGGCGGCGGUGAUGCAAGCAAUGUGAGGGGAAGCCUUGCCACACAGCCUUGUGGCUCCUGUGGGCGCCGUUCUAUGGCACACCAGCGUCUGCUCGCCUGGCAGGACAGCAGUCAGGGCCCCGCCACGGUGCCGCGGCCUGGGAUCCUGCGUGCUAUGCCCUGCCGGGCGCGACUGCAGUGGCGGCUACUGGCCUCAUAGUGCAAGCUAUCUAGGAGCCCAAGGACCGACUGUGCACGCGGCGGAGGGGCCGGGCGGGCCCUGGUGGCCCCGAGGUGGCGCGGCGAGGGUCGCAGGCGAUGGCAUGGCGUGGCGCACCUGCGCCAUGUGGCUGCUUGCCUGUGCUUCAGCAGGUCCCUUUUGUAACCAAUGCAAUGUGGUGAUUGGAUGUAAGGCAGCGGCAUGGAUCGGCACCGUGCGGGCCACUCUUACUCAUCCGGUCCGGGAGCCCCCGGCCGCUUGCAUGGCAUCAACACUGCAUCAAGGUACAGGCAUGCAUAGUCUGUGAGACGGCCGGGGAGCUUCGGAGAGCAGUGGGCGGCACAA